CGUGAUCGGUAUCAGUAAGAAAGGAGCCACAGCUGCAAGCGUUGCGCUGCGUUUCUUAUCCCCAAGUCGAAUCCCUAGCUGGACACACACACAUAGACACUCGAUCCAUGGGCUGUACCUGGUCCAAGGCGCCAGACGGCAAUGCGUUGCCCAGUCCGCUGCAGCAGCUGCAAGCGGCGGAGGCGCCGCCGCGCGUGCAGCAGCGUCGUCGCCAGGAGGAGAAGCGCCAGCGCCAGCUGGCCAAGCUGCAGAAGCGCAACGCCCGCAAGCGGCGACACCAACGCGGCGGCAACAGCAACAGCAACAGCUUGCGGCGCAGCUUGCGUGGCCACGGCAGCGGCAGCAUUCGUGGCAGCCAGAAUCUGGCGCCACAACUGCGGCUGCUCGGGGGCAGCAACGGCAGCAGCGCCACCGAAUGCGUCAGUGCGCUGUACGCCCGCACGCUGGAGGGGCAGCGAGAGGAGCACCAGCGCAUCAUCGAGGAGAAGACGCGACAUCAGCUGGAGCGGCAGCUGCACACGUUCCUGCUUAACCAGCUGCUGCUGGGCAUCCAGUUCUUUGGCCAUUACGAGAACGAGCUGGCCGCCAUCGACGACCAGCUGCAGGCCAGGCAGCGCGCCUGUGGCCAGACCCUCAACGAGCACAGUCUGAUCCAUGCCAGCGCCAUCGAUGUGGCCGUUGCCAAGCGGCUGCUCUUCAAAUCCACAGAUGGCCCACAUCGCCAGGCGGGGGGCCAUGUUCCGGCACAGCCGCAGCCGUUGCAGAAGACGCUGACCUAUGUGGUGUUCGAGAAUGUGGAUGUCGCCAGGGCAAAUGACGCCAACUAUGAUUCCAUAGCGACGCUCUGCAAGGUGCUGCUGGAGACGGACUACUACAACACGACGCCCUGUCGCUCCCAGUAUGUCCAGCUGCUGGAGCAGAGCCGCUGGAUGGGCUACGUGCGGCUCAAGCUGCGCGAACCGAUGCCCAUGCAGUGCAGCAGCCCGAGCAGCAGCCCCAGCUGCGACGAGGCCGACAUCGAUGGCGUCUACAGCAGCUCCGGCUACAGCACUAUCGGUCCUGGCUCCAGCUCUAGUUCCGGUUCGGGCAGAGGCAGCUGGUGCGAGGGCGACUACGAUCAUGUGUAUAUAGCACGCCUGAAUACACAGCGACCCAUAUCCGAGCUGAAGCUAAUGUGCGAGGAGCCACUGCAGCGCAAUGUGCUGCCCGAGGCGUGCGUCUGCCGGCUGAACAGCUGCCUGCCGUCCUGGCUGGAACAGAGCGACGACGACGAUGUGGACUCCAAUGAAAGCAGCAGCAGCGACGACGACGACGACGACCACGAAGAGGACGCUGCUCAAGAUCUGCAGCAGUGGCAGGAGAGCAGCCGGAGCGGCUACGAGACGGUGCAGGUGCUGCGCCAGUGCCGCGUCGAGCAGCAGCGACGGCGCGAUCUCCUCCAGCAAUGCUAUCUAAGCUCCCAGCAGUUCAUGAACUACUUUGCCGAGCUGCUGCGCCAGCAGCUGGCUCGAGAGCUGGGCAUCAGCCAGUCGCAGCUGUCGGCUGGCAGCUAUCGCGGCUGCAGCAUCUACACGGCCACGGAGGAGCUGGUGCCCGCCAUCCAUGUGCCGCACAGCUGGCCGGACUGCGCCUUUGAGUUCAAUCUGCGCGCCCGUCCGCAGCUGACCAAUCUGCAUACGGGCGACAAGUUCCAAUGGCCGACGACGCUGAUGCGCAAGCGCAUACAAUCCUUUGGCUUUCAUGUGGUGCCCGUGGGCUAUGCGCCGAAGCGGGCGCGAAAUCCCUUUCGGGAGCUGGAGUGGCGCAUUGUAUUCCCGCAGGCGGAGCAGUUCCUGGAGCGCCAGCUAACGCGCAUGCAGCUGAAGAUCCUGCUGCUGAUGAAGGCCCUGGUGCGGACGUUCGUCAACGAGAAAUGCCAGGCCAUGGGUCACAUCAUGGAGCAGCUGCGGACGCAUCUGUUCUGGCAAUGCGAGCGACACAGCAACGACUGGCCGGAGGAGUUCUUGGGCGAGAGGCUGGUGCGAUUCGUGCGCACCUUUGCCGAUUGCCUGGCCAAGAAGCAGCUGAGCGACUAUUUCAUCGAGCGGCGCAAUCUCUUCGAGCAUGUGCCGGAGGACGCGCUCAUGGAGCUGCGCGCCAUUAUGGCGGGCAUAGCCGAGCAGCCGCUCAUGCAUGUGCUCCAGGCGCUGCGCAAUCUCCAGCAUGCCGAUGACUUCUAUCCCAAGCUCAACUAUCGCCGGCUGCUCGACAAUCUGCUGGCCCAGGACUAUCUGCAGCUGCGCGGCUGGGCCAAGUUUGUGCGCAACACGCUGCCUGCGACGGAGGAGCAGCAGCCACAGCAGCGGGAACAGCAGCGGGAACAGCAGCAGCAGCAACAGCUGCAGCCGAGUGAUGCAGAGGGUCUGCUGGGCAUGCGUCAGCAUCAGGAACGCACGCGCGGCAAGCUGCGCCGCAAGACACAAAUGCUGCGCGCCCAGCAGCUGAAGCUGGCCGAGCAGCGACGCGACUCCGGCGAGUCCUUGACGCUCGACUUGCAGCUGCUGAUGCCCCGCGCAUCGCAGGCAUCCCACACAUCCAGCAACACAUCCGCCUCAGCUGCAGCUGCAACAAAGACAACAACAACAACACCGCAGCUCAACGACGGCUUCGAGAUUUUGCGACGCACCAAUCUGCUGGAGCUGCUGCUCGAUCACAUGCUGGCCAUGCUGGCCAAGGCAACGGAGUUUCGCAAUGGACAGCACGCCCAGCUCUACUUGGAGCAGGCGCAGCGCCUGUGCCGGCUCUACCAGCAGAUGGGCUGCGCCCAGUAUGCCCAGCACUAUGCGGACGCACUGUGCCAGGCGGCCAGCAGCAUCGAACGGGCCACCACCAGCGCCAGCGCUAGCCGUGGCAGCCACGGCAGCCGCAGUGGCCACAGCAGCCCCGCCGCCAGCUGCAGAUCCAGUCCGAUGCGCCGCAAGUCACUCAAGUUCGUGGAGCACGUGGUGCAGAUGCACUCAGGCGAGCUGCUGCCGCUGCAGCCACCCUCGCCACUACCCGCACCGCCCCAGACCAUACAGCCAGAGCCCAAGCCAGAGCCCGAGCCCGAGCCCGAGCCGGAGCCAGAGCCAAAGCCAGAGCCCGCUGUGCCACCCAGCUCCAUGGAGGGAAGCAUGUUGGGCCCGCUGCUGCAGCGACUCCAAGUGGAUCCUGGAGCACUGCAAGCCAUAAGCAGCAAGACGGAGCAGCUGAUGCAAACAUUGGCGCCGGAAGCGAAGCGCGACGAGCUGCGCGACAUGCUCAAGCGGAACACACAAAAGCUGAAGAGCGCUUUCAAUUAGCAGCUCCUCUGCCCCCCCCCCCCCCCUCAGAAAGCCCGACUACUCCCUAGAGACGUUAUAUAAGUAUAUACUAUAUACAUCAGUCAAUCAGAUUAUCGGAAUGGCCCUCAUGUACGCCCGAUUGGCUUCUGUCCGGUCUGCUGCCCAUCCUGAUAACUCGAGACUAAUUGGAAAAUGAAAACAAAGCGAAACGCAAGCAACUUAUUGCGAUCAUGUCUAAAAUAAAGCUGUUUGUUAAAUGAUAA